UCAGCGGAUGAUAGUGUCAGCGGAGGGAAGCCUUGUAAUCCCGCUCUCAAUUGAACGUCUAGUAUCUCCGAUGCCUUCACUUCUUACCUUUGCCAGCGCCGUCACUCAUCUUCCUCACGCUCGCGACGCUCGCUCAUCCCCUCUCAGGCUCUCACAUUCUCUCUUCCAUCGCCGCCAUUGUCGACCAGUGUCUUCCUUUAAUCAGAUAAAGUGCUCAAUGAAGUCAUAUAAAUUGUCAGAACUUACUCAGGCUGAGAUUGAGAGCCUUAAGGGUCGCCCUCGCAUAGACUUUUCUUCCAUUUUCAGUGUGGUAAAGCCUAUUGUUGAUGAUGUUCAUAAACGAGGUGAUGCAGCAGUUAAAGAGUAUACAUCAAAAUUUGACAAAGCAGAACUAGAUAAGAUAGUUGAAACUGUCUCUGAGCUUCCUGAUCCAGUGCUUGAUGAACCCGUCAGGGAUGCUUUUGACAUUGCUUACAGCAAUAUAUAUGCGUUUCAUGAUGCUCAAAAGUCAGCUGAUAAAAGUGUAGAGAACAUGAAAGGAGUCAAAUGCAAGCGAGUUGCUAGAUGCAUUAAUUCUGUGGGUCUUUACAUUCCAGGGGGAACUGCAGUGUUACCUUCAACAGCUCUGAUGCUUUCAAUACCUGCACAGAUUGCUGGAUGUAAAACUAUUGUUCUUGCAACUCCUCCAGCUCAGGAUGGCACUAUAUGCAAGGAGGUUCUGUAUUGUGCAAAGAAGGCUGGGGUGACUCACAUUCUUAAAGCAGGAGGAGCUCAGGCCAUAUCGGCAAUGGCUUGGGGUACGGCAUCUUGUCCAAAGGUUGAGAAGAUUUUUGGCCCUGGAAAUCAGUAUGUCACAGCUGCAAAAAUGAUACUUCAAAACAGUGAAGCCAUGGUUUCAAUUGACAUGCCAGCCGGUCCAUCUGAAGUUUUGGUCAUUGCAGACAAGCAUGCACUGCCCCCUCAUGUAGCAGCUGAUUUGCUUUCCCAGGCUGAGCAUGGUCCUGAUAGUCAGGUGGUUCUUGUGAUUGCUGGAGAUGGUGUGGACGUACAAGCUAUAGAGGAAGAACUCAGCAAGCAGUGCAGUAGUCUUCCAAGAGGAGAGUUUGCCUCUAAAGCCCUGAGCCACAGUUUUAUCGUGCAUGCACAUGAUAUGCUCGAGGCAAUCAAUUUCUCAAACUUAUACGCUCCUGAGCAUCUAAUUGUCAAUGUGAGGGAUGCGGAGAAGUGGGAGAGUUUAAUUGAGAAUGCUGGUUCUGUGUUUUUGGGGCCGUGGACGCCAGAGAGUGUGGGUGAUUAUGCGAGUGGGACAAACCAUGUUCUUCCUACCUAUGGUUAUGCAAGGAUGUAUAGUGGGGUUUCAUUGGACUCUUUCCUGAAGUACAUAACCAUACAGUCUCUUACUGAGGAUGGUCUGAGAAAACUUGGGCCAUAUGUAGCAACGAUGGCUGAAGUUGAAGGUCUCGAUGCCCACAAGAGGGCAGUUACCCUCAGGCUUCAGGAUAUAGAAGCCAAGCGGGUCGGAAGAUAAGAUUGAUACGUUAAUCUGCUACGCUGCAAAUGCCCGCUUCUUAUGAACGCCCAAUUCGCAGCCUUUACAAUGAUCAACUCGCCUGCGUUCCCGUAUCCAUUUUGAUUGUUUUUCUUUUCCCAACGCAACAAUAUCCGGGUUUAUGCGAACUACUUGACAUCUGAAAGUGGUUCAUGGAGCUAAGGUGAUUUCUCAUUCCGUCUUCCAUGAGCUUCAGACCAAAUACCAUACCUUUAUGUAUUCUACUGGAUGUAGACGCGUGGGAUUGAUUUUGCCUGUUGAGCUCUGGAGAGACCAAAAUAUUCUUUCCGUACUCUUGUUUCCAAAGGGGAUUGACCAAGAUGGGUUUUGUUGGAUAGGGUUAAUGUUGUACGCAAAUAAACAUACCGGGCCAGAUUAGAC